CGUGACACCAAAUUAGCUCCGAGAUCCGGAAGCAGGAAAAAAACUGAGGAGAAACAGAAGACUUGGUCAGGUUGUCGUCAAGACUUUGGAAUUUAACGAAACAUGUUUCCUUGAUACCAGGCAGAAAGCACCUCGUUGGAAUGACCUGAAUGGACAGAAGAUUGCCAUUUUGUCACACCUGAACCAAGUAUGGCCAGCAAGCAGCUCUCCGCUGAGGAGGGGGCGGGAAGUGGGAGUGGCACCGACUCUCCUACUCCAUCAAGGAGACUGGAGACAACCUUUGGACCAGGUUAUUCCACAGUCACAACACUAGUAGCUGAGGGCUCACCAAACUAUCCAUGGCAGAAGUCCCAGUCAUUUGACAGUGAUAAUGAAGAAGAAAUGUCUGAUGAGCCCUUGGUGUUUACAGAGACGCCAUCAUCCAAGCUGUUCUGCUUGUUGUGUGAGAGGGUCUUUAAAGAUGCCGUCAUUACAACAUGUGGGCACACUUUCUGUAGGUGGUGUGUCAACAUGAAGACAAAUGAAAAGUGUCCUGUGGACGACAGUAAGCUAUCGGUGGUGGUAGCGAACAUAGCCGUGUCUGAGCAGAUAGGAGAACUCUUCAUCCACUGUAAAUAUGGCUGCCAGCAAGCGGACGGCGGCAAGAUGGGGGAGUGGGAGCUGGACCCCAGGGGCUGCCCCAUGACGGUCAGGGUCAAUGCCAGAAAGGAGCAUGAGGCAUCCUGUGGAUAUGCACCCGUGUCGUGUCCAAACAACCCUAACUGUCCCCCGCUGAAGAGAAUGGAACUGGAGGAACACUUGAAACAGUGUGAUCAUAUCAGAUGUCCUCACCACAAGUAUGGAUGCACGUUUGUGGGUACGAGCAGUGAUGUGUCGCACCACCUGACUAACAUCUGCAGGUUUGAGGGCAUUAAGGAGUUUCUGCAGCAGACAGAAGACAAGAUGCGUGAGAUGCAGCUGCAGCUGGCACAGAAGGACCAGGAGAUCGCCUUCCUCAGGUCCAUGCUUGGCAGGCUCUCCGAGAAGAUAGAUGCACUCGAGAAGUCCGUGGAGGUUAAACUGGAUGUGCUGGACGAGAGCUGUAAUAAACUUCAAGAUGAAGUCAUGGAGUCGAGAAGAGACUGUGCCCUGAUCAAUGAUGAGCUCUCUCACAUCAAUGCAAGAUUGAACACUGGAGUUGUAGGAACUUUGGAUCCUCAACAGAUCUUCAGAUGCAAGGGAACUUAUGUUGGUCAUCAGGGACCUGUUUGGACACUAUGUGUCCAUGGGGAUCUGUUGUUCAGUGGGUCCUCUGACAAGACAAUCAAGGUUUGGGACACAUGCACCAACUACAAGUGCCAGAGAACAUUGGAGGGACACACAGGCAUUGUGUUAGCCCUCUGUAUCCACAACAACAAGUUGUACAGUGGCUCUGCUGACUGUUCCAUCAUGGUUUGGGAUAUCCCAUCCCUGGAGCACAUGAAGACUAUCCAGGCCCAUGAUAACCCAGUCUGCACCCUGGUGGCUUCCAACAACCUGCUCUUCAGCGGCUCGCUCAAGGCCAUCAAAGUUUGGGACAUCCACACCCUGCAGCUGAAGAGAGAGCUGACAGGACUGAACCACUGGGUACGAGCCCUGGUGGCCUCCACACACUACCUGUACAGCGGGUCCUACCAGACCAUCAAGAUCUGGGACCUGAAGAGCCUGGAGUGUGUGCAUGUACUGCAGACAUCAGGAGGCAGUGUGUACUCCAUCGCCAUCACCAACCACCACAUACUGUGUGGCACCUACGAGAACUGCAUACACGUGUGGGACCUGGACUCCCAUGAGCAGAUCCAGACCCUGACAGGACAUGUGGGCACAGUCUACGCACUGGCUGUGGUCAACACUCACGAGGGGACCAAAGUCUUCAGUGCCUCCUACGACAGGUCACUGAGGGUGUGGAGCAUGGACAACAUGAUCUGCACACAGACCCUGCUGCGCCACCAGGGCAGCGUGGCCUGUCUGGCCGUGUCCAGGGGAAGGGUGUUCUCUGGAGCCGUCGACAGUACUGUCAAGGUGUGGCAGUAGUUAAUAGGGGGCGCUGCAACACUGAGGGAACCUUGCACCAUCUUUUUUAUUUACCAAAUUAAUCAGAUUUGAGUAAUAGUUAGAAUUGAUGGGGAAAAGUGGCUAGAAUGGCAAACCAUAAACAGUGCGUCAGUAUCAGUGCAUCUGCUUAUAUGUACAGCUAUGGUCCAGGGCUGUCUCCAGCUGUAGAUUUUUGUUUCUCACUCUCAUGUUUGGGAGGAGAGAGUUUAUCUAUUACAGGCCUUGGAGGCCAUUAACCAUGAUCAAUGGUUGCAUUAUUGCGGAGGAAAAGGCUGAAUUUGGUUCAAUUAAGAUUUGGGACCCAAUGUUGUCAAUUUUCAUCUUAAGAUCUGUCAUGAAGUUUUGUUUACUUAGACGGACAGGGUGAAAUUUUCGUCCAUUUGAAAAAGCAAAUUUCUGUCCCAGAACAGAAGGUGGAGACAGCCCUGAUUUGACAGGUAAAUUCUACAUCGGACAUUGAACAGUAGAAUAUCAAAUGACCUACAAGUUGCCAUCUUAUCCAGUUGUACAGAUCCUUGUAUGUUGUAUAUAAACCUGUCGAUUUUUAGCCUUGAUGUCGUCAGUUAGGUUUCUUUUCCAAGGGCUUCAAGUACCUGUACCUGUAACUCUCCCUCAGGUAAAGUUAUGUUUUGAAAUCCCGACCUUCAGGAGAUCCUUUUGUAAAUAGUUUUUAACCCAAAGCCCAACUAGACACCAUCAUGUCGACCUGUAAAUGGUCACUUUUAAAACCUUUGUGAUUCUAAAUACCCUAUCAAGAAACACGUGUACAUUGAGAAAUUGAAAUGAUAUAUAGUCAUCAUGUGAAAUAGAGCUGUAGAAGUUCCCUCCGAAAUCAGUGUCUACAAUAUUUUAGGGGUAAGGUUGCUUUUUUAUGAUUAUGUCUGCAUUGGUACGAGGUUGGAGCGUCGGUCUCCUGUGAUGUAAAUUGAUUCUCUAUCUAUUUGGCAAAGAAUAUUGUGCCAAAAACAGCUAUGCCAUAAUAAAAUACCUCAUCCUA